GGGACACGUGGCUUAGCGACCCUAGUAAACAACCAACCCUGUGUUUGAACCGGGGUUGAGGGAGGCCCGGCUUUUCUAGAAGUACCGGAAGCGGAAGUGGAGAAACAUGCAGGACCACCAGCAUGUGCCCAUUGACAUCCAGACCAGCAAACUGCUUGACUGGCUGGUGGACAGGAGGCAUUGCAACCUGAAAUGGCAGAGCCUGGUGCUAACAAUCCGAGAGAAGAUAAAUGCAGCCAUCCAAGACAUGCCAGAAAGUGAUGAGAUCGCACAGUUGCUACUCUGAUCCUACAUUCACUACUUCCAUUGCCUGAAAAUUGUGGACCUCCUCAAAGGCACUGAGGCCUCCACGAAAAAUAUUUUUGGCCGAUACUCUUCACAGAGAAUGAAGGAUUGGCAGGAGAUCGUGUCCUUGUAUGAGAAGGACAGCACUACCUUGUCUGAGUUCUUGAACUGGUUUUCUUGCCUCCUCCCCCCUUCCCCAGUGGAAAUCUCCAGCCUCCUGGUACGGAAUGUUAACUAUGAGAUACCCUCCCUGAAGAAGCAGAUCGCCAAGUGCCAGCAAUUGCAGCAGGAGUACAGCCGCAAGGAGGAAGAAUGCCAGCUGGGAGCUGCAGAGAUGAAGGAGCGUUUCUACAACUCCUGCAAGCAGUACGGCAUCACUGGAGAUGGGAUCCGAAGGGAGUUGCUGGCACUGGUGAAGGAUCUGCCGAGUCUCUUGACUGAGAUUGGGGCCAGGGUUGAGUCACUGGGGGAAGUGAUCGAGCUCUACCAGGCCUGUGUGGGAUUUGUGUGUGAGAGCCCCACUGAGCAGGUGGUGCCAAUGCUGAGACAUGUGCAGAAGCGGGGAAACACGACUGUGUAUGAGUGGAGGACAGGGACGGAGCCCACAGUGGUUGAGCGGCCGUGUCUGGAGGAGCCCCCAGAGCAGGUGGCAGGAUGAUGUGGUAAGCCUUGGCUUUUGAUUGACUGGGGCAACUUUGGGAUAGAGUCGGCUUCAGAAGGGAUUACCUAUGGCAUCUCUGCUGAGACAGAUGAAAUUGACUGGGGAAUCUCACUGGAGCCUGAUUCAAAGGAAGCUGGUAAUGAAGGAAUAAAUUGGGGAGAUGGAGAUGCUGAUCCCUUGCAGAUCACAGUACUAGAAGCAGGAACCCAGGCUCCAGAAGGUGUCGCAAGGGGGCCAGAUGCUCUGACUCUUCUUGAAUACCCCGAAACCCGGAAUCAGUUUGUUGAUGAACUCAUGGAGUUGGAAAUCUUCUUGUCCCAGAGAGCAUUGGAGAUGAGUGAAGAGGCAGAUGUCCUAUCAGUGAGCCAGUUCCAACUGGCUCCACCCAUCCUGCAGGGUCAGACCAAAGCAAAAGUGGUUGCCAUGGUGUCAGUUUUACAGGAUCUGAUUGGCCAGCUCACCAAUCUUCGAAUGCAACACCUGUUUAUGAUCCUGGCCUCACCAAGGUACGUGGAUCGGGUGACUGAUCUACUCCGGCAGAAACUGAAGCAGUCUGAACUGCUGGCCCUGAAGAAAGAGCUGAUGGUCCAGAAGAGGCAGGAAGCUCUCCAGGAUCAGGCAUCUCUGGAGCCCAAACUGGACCUGCUGAUAGAGAAGACGAAAGAGCUGCAGAAACUGAUCGAAGCAGAAAUCUCCAAAAGAUACAGCGGCCGCCCUGUGAACCUGAUGGGAACCAUGCUGUGACAUCUUCUGCCUUCUGGAUCGCCCGGCCUUUGGGAUGGAGGUGUGCGGGCAGGGUGGUGAUGUCCUAGGCCUCUCUAAUUGGAAGAGCCAACAGAUGGGAAGAAAGCCUCACAAAACUCUAGUCUGAAGGGGAGAUUCAGAGAACUUGCUCUUAGGCACCUGACUCUCUGUGAGCAGUUGUGAUUGGCUUUGUGGUCUGGCUAGCCAGUGGUUACUGCUUUCAGUUUAAUGGGGCUUAAUUAAAAAAAAAAAAGCUUUG